UGGCCUGUGGACAUUCGAAAUGGAGUUAUAGUCGAAAGAAACGUUGGAUUAAUCUCUCCAGCUCGACUCCUCCAAUGCUUGAUGAACUGUCCACUGGGGCACAACCUACCUAACUCACAUGCCGCAGUCGUGUGUUACCAGCUCUCAAAUCUCUCCAGUUGAACUCUGUUAUUUCGUUCUUUUCCAGGUCCAUAUCUUUUACCUUUACUUAGCAAUAAAGAGAUCUUUUCAGCUUCUGUUGUGAGGCUUCUUUCUUAAUGUCGAGUAGCUCCAGCAGCAGCAGCACUAUUGAUGUAGACGAACUUUUGCAGAUUGGGACAAGAUGCAGAGAUCUAAGAAAAGAAAAAGAAAUGUUGAAUGGAUCUCAAUCCCAUAGCUUUGAACUAAUCAGGAGGUUAGAACUACAUGUGAAAUCAUUAUUAGAGGCUCGUGCUGAAGACAGAAAGCUCAUUCAGAAAUUGGAAAGAGAGUUGUUGAACUGCUCUCAACAGAUAGAUUACCUUCAGGAUCAAAUAAAUGCAAGGAAUGCAGAAGUUUACAGCUUGGGGGAGCAUGUACAUGACCUCGAGUUGAAAUUAGCAGACAUGGAUAAUUUACAGGUGAAGGUUGGCCAGUUGCAGGGGGAAAUUGAGAGGUCUGACACAGAGUGCUUCUUGUUGACACAGGAAUUGAAGAGCAAAGAAUUAGAGCUGCAAAAAUCUGUUUUAUGCAUAGAGAAAUUGGAGGAAUCUAUUUCGUCUUUAACCCUAGAUUCCCAGUGUGAAAUAGAGAGUAUGAAGCUUGAUAUGAUGGCUUUGGAGCAAGCAUGCUUUGAAGCUAGAAGGGACCAGAAAGAAACCACUUUAGAAAAGGCAACAAUGGAUAAGUUAAUAAAAGAACAGGAGAUUCGAGUUUAUGAUGCAGAGGAAAUUAUAGACUGCCUAGAAAAGGAGAAUAAAGAACUGAGAGAGAAAUUUGUUACAUCUGAAAUGCAUGCUAGACAAUUUCUUCAAAAGAUAGAGGAGUGGCAAGAAAAAGAGGACAAAUCACAGCUUAAUAUUCAGCACCAAUUAAGUGAAUCGGAGAGCAAAAAUAUGUUGAGAGAAAAGAGUGCUUGCGGAGAGCUACUUGGUCAACUUUUUUCAAAAUUGGCAAUUGUAUUGGCACCAGAAUCAAGUUUGAAAAAGAAGAUGGAGAGAAUGUCACACCAGAUAACCGAAUAUGAAGUUCUGGUGAAGCAGCUCAAGGAAGAUUUGAGAGAGGAAAAAUUGAAGGCAAAGGAAGAAGCUGAUGACCUAGCACAAGAAAUGGCCGAGUUGAGGUAUCAAAUGACAAGUUUGCUUGAGGAAGAGUGCAAGCGCCGUGCUUGCAUUGAACAUGCAUCAUUACAGAGAAUAGCUGAAUUAGAAGCACAGAUUCAAAAAGAACAGAGACCUUUUUGUGGUAUCACGAAAUUCCAUGAAGCAUAGGAACUGGCUGCAUCUAAAACUAUGAGGACCUAUUAAUUAGAAAGUGUUGCAGGUUUGUAUCUUCUUCUUCUUCUUCUUCUUGUUGUACUUCUGGUAGAAUGGUGCUGCUGUACGCAUGCUCUUCCCCCCCCCCCCCCUUCUUCUUAAGAAAUUCAAGUGUUUGAAUCACAUUUGCAACCGAAAUCUAUUUGCUAUAUGUGCAUCACACAUCGACAGCAGAUAUAAAUAUUUUUAUUUAGGUGCCAGGCAUUCCUCAUAUGAUUCGCAUGAAAUCUAAUUUUGGUUUUGUUUUUCAAUUUCAAUACAUGCCUCUGCUGGCUAACAUAGUAGAUGUUGUUUCACUGGUGGGAAUUUCAUUAGAGCUGUAUAAGAACAUGGAAUAGCAAAAAAUGAUCCAUAUGAAUUUGCCGAUUUCAACUAAUUUGAGAAGGCGACUUAGUUCUUGUUGUGUAUAAAAGCGUGGAACUGUAACUUUUUUGCACCAGGUCUCUUACUGUGGAUCUUUCAGCAGUGUAACAGAAUGACAAUUGCAAUUUGCAGUACCUAUACUUUUAUGCAGGAUAGUUAUGAUGUUCCAGUCAACAGCAACACGCUGGAUUUGCUGGGCAUUAAUGUGCAGCAAGAAGCGAAAUUACUUGUAUCCGAUAGAAUGAUGCAGCACCAUAGGGUCAAGGUGCACGCAAAUAAGCUUGGACCGUUGUAUUACUCAUUGGCUUGGAGCUCUCUUAGUUUAUUUCAAUUAAAAUAAGCAUGAAAAUGAAAGCUCUUCACAAAUAUGGAUAGCCCCAAUACAUCUUCUUUUCGGUCAGGCUGAUGGGUUGCAUGUUUCUGGUGAGCAUUCCGAGGAAAAAUACCUUCGAGUGAAGCAUAUUACUGCAGUUGUUUUGUUUAUGGUUCAGCGUUUGAUAUAGAAGAAACUUUAGUGUAUACGUAUCACGCAGCCAGUUGUGUAUUUUUACAUUUUUCUUAUUGAUUUAGUUGUAUAUGAUUUGGUGAUCCAUUCAGUUUGUGAUUAACGUUUUUUAUUAUUUAAGGUAGAAGAGGGUAUU